UGCAAGCGUUUUUUUUGUUGUUGGCGACUCGGUAAGUCGCAGGCGAAAUUUUUACUUGUCAAUUGCAGUUGCAAUUGGCAAUUGCACUUGCUUUGCUCAUCGUGACAAGGGGCGCUGGUGUAAAAUGGCACGCAAGAGCCACAUGUACAACGCAGUACCCGCCGGCCUGGAGUCGGACGAGGAAGAGAUGGAGAACCUGAUGGCCAACUUGAAGAUCAAGCGCCUGGAGGACAUUACAACAGGUGCUGGGCUCAACGGACGCAACUUUGAUGCCACUUUGGACGCGGAUGCGGAGGAGUUCUUCAAGUUGUUUCGCGAGAAGUGGAACAUGUACAGCAAGAACAAGUCGCCGCAUCUGCGUCAGGAAUUCGGAAAGGCCCUAAUGGGCCACCAGGACCCCCUGCUGCUGGCCCUCAAGAUCUUCGCCAAUUGCCCGGACAGCAGCAACAUCAAACCGAAGAGCUUGUCACACUUUGUGCUGGACACGGUGUGCAAGCUCCACGAGGAGUUCCCGCAUCUCGGCGAGGGCUGUGACCCGAACACCAGCAUGAUAGCCUUCAACUUCGUCAAGACCUCCGGCUUGCUGGCCCUCAACAAAGCUGUGAUCUAUGCCUACGGUCUGCGCGAAGUCCGCGAUCUUCUGUUGCCAAAGCUGCGCGAGCUCCUGGACGACGGCCACUACAAGGAGGUCACCCAGUGGUCCAUCAGCCUGAAGCUGACGCACGAGUUCGACAUGCUGGAGCUUGCCUUUCCGCUGAUUGCCAUCGAGAAACUUCCGCUGGCCGAGGAGUAUCUGGACCAUGCCACACAGCAGCGCCUGCCUUUCGUCAAGUUCUUGGACUCCCUUCUGCACAAGGAGAAGCCGGUCAUACAACUCUGCGAGCAUCUGCUGGGGCGCUACAAGAACUUGAAAAUCUCCCACCACGUACUCAGUUAUAGGCCCAUUGCCAAGAUCGUGGCGCGACUGGCCAAAAAGUACGGUUUCGAUGAUGCAGUCACGCCCAACUACAAGUUCACCAAGACGUGCAGCUACCUGCACUACCUGUACCGCGAGUACGAGAAGGCGCGCAUCAACCUGGCAAGUUUCCGGGAGCUGGUGAGUGUCCAUGCCUAUGACUACGCCCUACGCAUGGACUUUGUGAGCUACAUUGCCUCGGCGGGGGCCCAUUCGGAGGCCAUCUUCUGGUACAAGGAGUUCAAUCUCAACCCAAACGAUUGUCCGCCGGAGAUCAAGACGCAGGUCUCGCAAAACGGUGCUGGGAAAGCGGCAGGCCGGGAAUCCGACAGCCAGGAAGCCAUUGGCGCGGCGAGUGGCUGUGAUAUGUACCUGACCAUGGACCUGCCCGACGAGUGCCUUAUAAUUGUGGACAAAGCGGCACAGUUCGAUCGCAUGCUGAUCCAUUUGCAGCAGGAGCACAUCAUCUACCUGGACUCGGAGUGGAUGCAAAACGUGUGCGGAGAUAGCCAGCUGUGCGUCCUGCAGAUCGCCACCGGCCACAAUGUCUAUCUGAUCGAUUGUCUGGCGAGGGAGAGCCUGCGAUCGGAGCACUGGCGGCUGCUGGGCGCGAACAUCUUCAACAAUGUGAACAUCCUCAAGGUGGGCUUCUCCAUGGUCAGCGAUCUCAGCGUACUGCAGCGUUCGCUGCCGCUGCAGCUGCGCCUGCAAAUGCCUAACCACUAUCUGGAUCUGCGUAAUCUCUGGCUCGAGCUGAAGAAACAGCGCUUCGGCGUUGAGCUUCCCUACGGCAAUGUGAACCGGACCGGGGACGCCCUCACGGAUCUCUCAUUGGCGUGUCUCGGCAAGAAGCUGAACAAGUCGAACCAGUGCUCAAAUUGGGCCAAUCGACCGCUGCGCCGCGAGCAGAUUCUCUAUGCAGCCAUCGAUGCUCGCUGUCUGCUGUUAAUUUACAAUACGCUCCUGGCCCGUGUUUCCUCCAUUCACGUGGCAAUUGAAAAGAGCAUUGCUAGCAAUAACUUCCUCAGACGCGGCGCCAAUAUAAAGUGAUGGAGAUGAACACCCCUCAGAUGGAUACCGAUUCUCACGUAGACGACGACAAAGGCGUUUGCCCAACCUAAACUUAGUUCAAAAGUUAAAGUUGAAAAGAGUAUUUAACGUAUAUUUAGUGACAAGCAGGCAGCUUGGUUAAAUGCAGUUAAGACACACAUGUCACAAAUGAGAAGCGAAACAUGUGUACAUGCUGCAUACCGAAGAUGAAAUAAUGAAUUUGAUUACUAUAUAUUUUUUUGCUCACCUGUACAUACGGUAUACACUUACAUUAUUCCACUUCACAGAAUACAUGUAUUAUUUUGUA